UAUGACCUAUAUGUAUACACAUUACACGUAGAAUCGGUGUGUUUACAUAUAUUAUAUUACAAACUUUUAUGGGUAUUUUCUCGUAUGGUCUCGUGAUUUCCAGACACCGGCCCAAUCAUCGUUAAUUUGAUGUAAUAUAGAGGCGGCGCAGGGGCGCGUUGGCGUGAACUGGCAGAGUCCUAAAACAGUAUAUGCAGGCUAGCUCUAUUAAUAUUAUAAUAUAUUAUUAUCAUGCUAUUAUAACGAGCCAACGGCCUACACCGAAAACAUCGAGUUACGUGUAUUAUGUAGGUAUACGAUAAAAAUUAUAAUUUCGACAAUUAUUAUUAUUAUUAUUAUCAUCAAACCUGUUGCACUGCUCGUCGGAAACAAAAUAUCGCGCUGGAUGCGAGUCGAGAUCGUAUCUAUUGCGCGCGAGCAACGACAACGGUUCCAAUAGUCGUGUUAUAAUAUUAUAUACAAAUAUUUGUGUAUUAUACUUAAUAUUGUACGUGUGAUAAAUGUUUUUUUUGUGUUUUCGUAUAAAUAUAAAAUAUAUACCUCUAUGGGUAUAUACGAACCGCAGAGAGGGCAACGGUCAUGGCGAUGUGUAUAAUAAAUACUAAGUAUGCUGCAGUUCUACUUACAUGGAGGUACAUAUAUGGGCACGCGACAAAUGAUCGUAAUAUUAUCAUCAUCAUCAUCAUCAUCAUCAUCAUCAUCAUCAUCAUCAUCAUUACUGCCACGGUGUGCAAGAACGACGGUGAUGGAGAACGGUUGUGGUUUUGUCAACGUUUUGAAACAAUUGCGCUUAGCAGCUUGUACGCUUUCAUACUAUUAUAUGCUUUCCAGGUUAUUACGUCUGAAACAGAGCACUUUUUGGCCGACGAUCAUUUCAGGAAACCGUUCAAAUCUUUAAGGAGAACUGCUGGUAUGGAAUCGGGAAAUGUCUAUUUCCACCUUUCAGACAUCAUACUGCACGAAAGACAACCGUAGGAUUUGCGGACCAGGACUGUCGGACCAGGACGCCUAUAGCCUGCAUGAGGUGUUCUCGUUGGACCCCGACGACGGCGCAGUGCACUAUACAAUGUGCGGCAGACUGCGGUGCAGCCAGCAGUACCCCCUCGACGAAGCAAGAGGAUCUGGUGCUCGACGGCGACGAAUAUGGCAUGCAGCAGCAGCAGCCACUACAAGAGCAGGACAAGGAUCGGCUAUAUUGAAGAAAAUCAGCCCUGGCCGAAGGACCACAAUCGCCGGAAUCGCUGCCCUCGUCCACUUGUUCGUUCUAUCGGUAUAGGCCAGAGGUAUUCAAACGUUUUCAUCCCACGGCUCCUUUAAGUCUUCACAAAAUGUUGACGGCUCCCAAAUUUUAAAUGACAAAAACAUCAAUGUUUAUAUGAUUGUAAUUUAUAUUUUAUAAUUUAUUUACCAUAUUACAUAAACAAAAUAAAUUAAAGCUAUAUUUUGCGAAUGACUGUUGUACACAGUUCAACGUUUCCCAACCGGUGUGCCUCAAUGAUAUUAGUAAACGUUUUUCGUAAAAAUAUUUAUUGGUUUUCAAUUAUACUAUGCGGCUCCCUUCGACAAUUCCCUCGACGCCCCUGGGAGCCGCGACGCACAGUUUGAAUACCUCUGGUAUAGGCAAUCCGCAGCCAGAACGAUAAACUACUGCAGGACCGAGGGACUCGUAUAAUAGUAUAGUUUAAGUGUACUAAAAAAUGACCACCAAAUAAAGCGAACGUCUCUCAAUUGUAUCGUUUUGGUGUCGAUGGGACUUCAAUGAUAACGUCAACGAAUGAUAACGCAAAGAAAAAAUAGAAAAAAAAA